AUGUUCAGCAAAUUUGGCAAAAUUUGUCAAGAAAGGUUCCAAAUACUCAAGCACAGAGAAGAAAUCCUUUCAGGCAGAUCUCCACGAAAAUCACCAAGACCUCAAGCGCCAAGAUCUAAAUCACAACAGCUGUCACCAGAAAAACUGCAAGAAAUAUUAAGGGAUAGUAUCGUUUCAGACUCUCCACAAAAUAAGUCGCCUCCAAAGCAAAGCUAUGCAUUUAUGUCUCAAACACGAGAUGAGUUUUAUAAAGCAAAUGGCUUAAAAAGCCCAGCACCACCAUGUAACCACUAUGAUGCUCGAUAUGAAUUAUGCUAUUUUUCAUUAUUAUAAGCUAUUUUUUAAUAAAAAAAAUAAUUUUGAAAUUCAAUAUAAAUCUAUAUAGUCGAUAAACAGCCUAGAAAAACAGAUUUCAGAGAAAGACCCAAAACGGCUUCAAGAGUAAGAAAUCAGUCAAAAAUAAGCGAUUUAGAAAAUAUCCCAGAGCGGCCAAGGACAAAAUUAAAAGGUGCAAUUCCUUUAGAUAAACAAUUACCAAGACCAAGUAUCGUUAAAAUGACAAAUGAUGUAAACGAAAAAAGAUUCGAACAUUAUGAAGACAUGCCAGUUGUGCUAGGAAAAUAUAAAAGAGUUAGCACCCCUGAUAUAGCAAAAUCAAAGCCAAGAGAUGAUAAAUUUUUGCAUGAAGAUGUGUUCCCUACCUAUGAUACUUCAUAUAAACUUGUAUCAGAUGAUUUAGGAAAAGUAUAGUAUUUUCUAUUAAAAUUGGAAAAAGUUUUAUUAAUAAAAAUAAUUAAGUUUUUUCAGUAAAAAAAUAUAGCGAAUUUUGAUAAAUAUUCGCCGAGAAAACCUAUAUUAUUGAGCCAUCUAACAAAUAUGCAUGGAUAUAAAGUAAACUAUGGAAUGGUUGAAAGGAGAGUUAGCUCUCCUGACUUCAAAAAGGUGGGAUCAAGACCUGAAAGUGCUAGUCCAUUACCAAUUUAUAUGCAGAAAAUUAACUCAAGGGCGUCUCUUAACAUUUUAAGCGAAAAAAUGCUUGAAAUGAACUCAGCUCUGGAUAUAUCCAGAAUCUCUUUGUCUGGGAGCCCAGUAAAAUUAAGAUCGCCAAAUUUAAGCAUGAUUUAUUAG